AUGUCAUCCAACCAGACCUGGGCGGACCGUCGAGCACUCUUCCAGAAGGGGAAAGAGCUCCACGAACCCGUCAGUCCCACCGGCCGCAAGUUCUCCGACACACCAGCCGUGUCGGCCGAAGCGAGGAGGCUGAGCAACAGCGGCGAGACGAAGCCUGACGUCGCCGCUGCCGCUGCCACUAGCACAGCAGGUCGCAGAAGGUCUUCCGCCAGCUCGGGCGGCAUGUUCAACAACCUUACCAACAUGAAGCGGGGAAGUCAAGACUACGGCGACCGUCGAACCAGCCAACAAGAGAUGAUGGGAUCCAGCGGCGGCAUCGUGUCGGGCUGGUUCAACCAGACGUUCAAGGGGUACCAGAAGCCGGCCGACGGCUCUCAGAAGUGA